AUGGCGAAGCGUUUGAUUCCAGCCUUCAAUCGCAUUUUGGUCGAGAAGAUUGUCCCUCCUUCCAAGACUACCGCCGGCAUCCUGCUUCCGGAGAAAACCUCCAAGCUGAACUAUGGCAAAGUAGUUGCUGUGGGUUUUGGACUUCGUGACAAGAGUGGGAAUCAGAUUCCUGUGGCGGUGAAGGAAGGAGAGACGGUUCUUUUGCCCGAGUAUGGAGGAACUGAAGUGAAGCUUGGUGAUAAGGAGUAUCAUCUCUACCGGGAAGAUGAUAUCCUUGGAACUCUUCACCAAAAUUGA